AACGUGAAAUUAAAAUAGUUUAAGCAACUUAACAUUACCUACAUAUUAUUAAAGAUAAGCUAUGGAAUCCUUACAGGCACUUCAGGAUUUCAUAAAAACUAAGGACAACUUUCGAAAUUUUGUGAAUUCUUCAGAGGUUCCUUCUGUUUGUAAAACCGAACCAUGCAUGCUUGGAGUGGAUGAGGCAGGACGUGGCCCAGUGCUUGGGCCCAUGGUGUAUGGCGUAGCUUACUGUCCUUUGAGUCAAACGAGCGUUUUGAAGGAUCUAGGGUGCGCUGACUCAAAGGCGCUAACGGAAGAGAAACGAGAUGAUAUAUUCAGGAAAAUGCUCACUGAAGAUGCCUCUUUAAACAAUGUGGGCUGGGCUGCAGAGAUUAUAUCUCCUAAUUACAUAUCUAAUUCUAUGUACAGGCGAGCGAAGCACUCACUAAAUGAGGUGUCAAUGAACUCAGCAAUAGAUCUAAUCAAGAAAGUGGCAGAAUCUGGAGCUAACAUCACAGAGGUCUAUGUGGAUACUGUGGGACCUCCGGAAAAGUAUCAAGCCAAACUCAGUGAGAUCUUUCCCAACUAUAAAAUAACUGUAGCAAAAAAGGCUGACUCCAUAUAUCCCAUAGUAUCAGCGGCUAGUAUUGUAGCCAAGGUGACGAGGGACCAUGCACUGAAGGUCUGGCAGUUUAAGGAGGGGCUAGAGAUGACUCAAGCUGAAUUUGGCAGUGGAUAUCCUGGAGACCCCCUAACAAAGAAGUUCAUCAGAGAGCAGGUUGACUAUGUCUUCGGAUACCCAAUGCUAGUGCGCUUCAGCUGGUCUACAGCUGAACUGAUGCUGCAAGACAAAGCCGCUACCUGUACAUUCGAAGAAAUUGAUGACGAACUUCCAAAGAAAAAAGUUAAAUCUAUCAGUUCUUUUUUCUCUGUGAAAUCUGAGGAUGGAGAGAAGAAAAGGAAGAGACAUAAGUUCUUCGAGGAAAGGUAUUUGUCUAUGGAUAAUGCGUUUGAAUAAAUAUAUUUAGUGAAAUAAAGUAGUGGUACU